AACCAAAAAAAUGGCAUUUCCGAACAAGGCCGGCUUUAUCCCUGCACCAGUGUUUCCAACUUUCCGAGUUCUCAGCCGAAACUCUGAAGAAACAUGGCCAUAUUGCUUUCCCUUUUCUUCAUUUCUCUCUUUCUCUUCCUCUCAUUCAAAUUCAUCACCGCUGAUGGGGAUUUCACUUUGACGUCGAAAAGGCAUGUAAAGCGUGAAGAAAUUGAAGACAAGGUUGUUUGGAUUACUGGAGCUAGCCGAGGAAUCGGGGAGAUUCUUGCUAAACAACUUGCAAGAUUAGGUGCCAAGCUUAUUCUUUCUGCACGGAAUGAAGCUGAAUUGGAGCGAGUCAAGAAGCAGCUCGUUGGUAAACAUGCACCUGAUGAAGUGAAGAUUUUACCGUUGGAUUUGACAUCUGGUGAAGAUUCUCUCAAAGAGGCUGUGGAGAAAGCAGAAUCGUUUUUUCCGGGUGCUGGUGUUGAUUAUAUGAUCCAUAAUGCAGCUUUUGAGCGUCCUAAAACUUCAGCUUUGGAUGUUACCGAGGAAAGCCUUAAGCAAACAUUCAAUGUAAAUGUUCUGGGGACAAUGUCGCUGACACGGCUCCUGGUGCCUUUCAUGCUAAAGCAGGGGAGGGGUCAUUUUGUUGUGAUGAGCAGUGCUGCAGGAAAGACACCUGCACCAGGUCAGGCAGUAUACUCGGCUUCUAAAUAUGCUCUAAAUGGGUACUUUCACACCUUGCGCUCUGAGCUCUUCCAGAAAGGAAUUAAGGUGACUGUUGUCUGUCCUGGGCCAAUAGAAACGUCCAAUGAUUCUGGGAUAAAAACCUCAGAAAAGAAGGGUUCUUCUGAGAAGCGUGUGUCAUCAGAACGAUGUGCUGAGCUCACUAUUAUUGCUUUCACCCAUGGUUUAAAGGAAGUUUGGAUAGCAUAUCAGCCUGUGCUUGCUGUUAUGUAUGCGGUGCAGUACAUGCCAACCUUUGGCUAUUGGCUCAUGGACAGGAUCGGUGGGAAUCGAGUAGAAGCUGCUGCACAGAAGGGAAACACUUAUUCAUUGAGCUUACUGUUUGGGAAAAAGAAGGCAGCAUAGAAGGCUGUCUACAAUGUACUAGAUAGCCAAUAAAUGCAACUUCUUCUAUAGAAUCUGUGUAAUUCAUGAAUCAACAAAAAAUUUUAUACAGACAGGUCGAAUGCUGACGAAAUACCAGAAACGAGUCAAGGAUGGUUUGGAAGGUGAUAGUUAUGUUGGUGGAGACGAUGGUGUCAUGAUAUUGUGCAACAAUGUAGUCUAGGCCAGGCCAACUUGUAGGUGCGGCCACUUCAUUUUAUAAUUUUCAAAUGAGUGGAUAACUCAAUAUUGCAAUCAAGUGGAUCUCUGCAAGUUUUUAGGAGUCGUGAACCUGUGUUUACAGGUUUUGAGUGAAACAGAUUUGGAUGUCAUUUGUGAACACUGACCAUUAGUAUCUUGUACAUGAAAAGGGCAUUUGAAAACAUCAAGUUCUCUUAUUCUACACAAAGAAUGCACCAUUAAAAUCAUCAUCAUUAGAAUGAUUCAAGGUCGAGGGAACCUAAAGAGAAAUAACAGGAAAUAUGGCUUGAAUGGAAGUGCGUAUGAGAAGUAGAACUGCUGCGAUGAUCGAAAGGACAGCCCAUGGAGUAGUGAAUUAAUGUUGCUUCAAGGUUGCCUUCCACUUGUUUCCUGAAAGUAUUCAUGUUUUCGCAAAGAUGAGUAAAAUAGAUAGUCCGGUUUUAGUUAAUUUGCUCUUUGUACCUAUAGAGGUCACGAGGUUGACUUGACCCUAAUUCUUUGUGGAACUCUUUCUUCUCUUUCAAUGAAUUCUUACAUACCCAAAAAGAAAAAGAUAUA